AGUUAUCGCGAACGAGCGGUGAGCGGUCUGCUGGCGCACGUGGGUUUACUUGUACACUCGAUCAUGUGUAGUACGAUGUCCGAUGACGAAAACGAUGCGGCGUGGGACAGCGCGGAGGAAUUGGAGACCGAGCGCGAAGACAGCGCGUGUCUAUUCUGCGGCGAAGUGCGUGCUUCACCAGAGCUCGUGUACGAGCACUGCGCGCAUGACCACACGUUCUCCAUCAACCAUGUGGUUGAACGCUUGCAGCUGGACUGCUUCGGGUACAUCAAGAUGGUCAACUACGUCCGUAAACACAAAACAAGCCCAGAGGCCCUACAGACUGCUGAUCCACAGUGCCUUCCCUGGGAGGAUGACCAAUACCUUGUGCCAGUUGUGCAAGAUGACUUGCUCUUAACCUACGAUGUGGAAGAGCUCUUGAAUGCCAGUGCAAAACCUGAGGAUGAGUGUCGCCAACUGCGGGACCGGCUUUCUCAGGCUGAGCAAGCCAUCGAGCGCAUGAGGGAAGUGGCAGAAAGCUGGCUGCAGUCGAACGAGCAAGCACAACCCAUUGAACAUGACGAGCCUUACUUUGAGUCAUAUGGCCACCAUGGCAUCCACCUUGAGAUGCUGUCUGAUAGGCCACGGAUGGAUUCAUACCGCAAGGCCAUCGAGCUAAAUGCUGACACCUGCAUUCGAAAUUGCACUGUGCUUGACGUUGGGUGUGGCACCGGCAUCCUCUCCAUGUUGUGUGCACGGGCUGGUGCACGUAGGGUAGUGGGAAUCGACCAAUCGGGUGUUGUCUACAAUGCAAUGGACAUUGUCAGGGAGAAUGGUCUGUCAGAGCAAGUGACCCUGGUGCAUGGCCGCGUGGAGGAAUUGGAGCUCCCUGAGCGUGUGGACGUGCUGGUGUCUGAGUGGAUGGGCUACUUCCUCCUCUUCGAAGGCAUGCUUGGCAGUGUGCUUCAGGCCAGGGACCGGCUACUGCGGCCGGGAGGGUUGAUGCUACCCAGCCGGUGCCAGCUCUUCCUGGUGGCUCUCAGUGACACUAACAUUCAUCGACGAAUGGUGAGCUUCUGGGAUGAUGUAGAAGGCUUCAAGAUGACCUGCAUGCGGAAAGAAGUGCUCGGCGAGGCCCAUGUGAUGGACGCCCCAGCUUCAAGUGUCUGCUCCGAGCGACCAGCCCUUCUGUUGAACCUUGACUUGAACACGUGCCGCAUGGAGGACAGUGACUUUGCGAGCGACUUUGAACUGGAUCUCCAGCCAGGCACACAACAGGUCACUGCAUUGGCCGGUUACUUUGACUGCACCUUUGAGCUACCAGUGCCUGUUGUCCUUAGCACAGCAAUGGAGGCAGAGUCCACACACUGGAAACAGACAGUAUUCUUGCUGGAAGAGCCACUCUUAUUAGCUGAAGGUGAGAAAACGGUACGAGGGCGAUUGGCGUGUCGACGGCAAGACCGCAGAGAGCUCCUGGUCACGAUAACACUAGGGUCAACACAACGGCAGUACAUGCUGCACUGAAGAGUUGCUGCAACUACAGUUGAUGCUUUCUUGAAAAGGUGCCAUGUUCAUGGCAGUAUGAUGGUUUGUGCUGUGUUGGAACAUGGCAAACAUAGCCAUAGCUGCCAGAUGAACACAAGUGUUCCUCUUUGUUGCGAACAUUUGAGCACGUGUUGUUGUUCACAUUGAACAUGCGAUUUGUACAGAUCCGUAAACAGAGUGUUUGGGCAUUCUGUUGCAAAGAAAAAGAGAUCCAUAACAUGUCAGUUGCUAUACUUUAUCGGUAGUUCCUUGCAGCACUGUGGAAGCUGCAGGAUUUCCUAGCCGUUAAAAAGGGCAAAUGCCCCUCAAGAUGUGUUGUUCUGUGCUGCGUCAUCUUCUGUUUGUCCUGUUGAUACAUGCUUCCAGGCAUGGCUGUUGAUGCAACAAAUGUUUUGGUGCUAUGACCAUUAGCCAUGUUUACAUGAAUGUGACUGUGGGGCUUUGCUUCAUAUAUGCAUACUCUUUCUCAGCUGUUUCUUGCAGCCUUCUUAGCCAACACUAAGGCUGAACACCCCUCUUAAUGUGUUCACUCGUGCUGUAUCGUCUGCCCUGCCUCUAGUUGGUGUUUGCUCACUGCUGUCACAAUGUACCGUACUGGAGUGUAGCAGUAAAUUAAUGCAGUGGACACUUCGGCUUUCAGAUCAUUUCGCAUUGUCAGUGCAACACCAGUGCUAAUGCUGUUAAGUGAAAACCACCUGCAAAGUGGAGAUCGCACCUCUUUUACAGCUUGGUGUCUCCUCUGUAGGCAUAGCAGCGUCAGACAAACAGCUGAUCAAAGUAAUAUAACAACACAACAUACCUCAUGCUUCGCGCUCAGUGUGAAGUGAGACUAAGCGAUGGCUAAUUAUACCAUUUAUUUCUUGCUGUCAGUGGAGAGCAAGUAACAAACUGGAAUUUGGGUUGAAGCGAGCGAAGUGGAUUGUGGGGGCAUUGCCAUGUUACUAUGUGGUCCUGGUUACUGGUGGUAACAGUCAGAAUAAUUCACGGUAUACGACGUGCAUGUACAGAGGGUCUGACAUAUCACGUAUUGCUGUAACACUUCCCCCAAAAGCUCUAACCUCACCAAUAGUUAAGACAGUUACACCCAGAACUAUAUUCUGUUAAACAAGGAUAUUGUCUCAUACCUUUGGCAGUGCUGCAAGUUACUUGUGAGAUAGAGUACAGGUUCAAAGCCCUGGGUUGAAUACUACCGUAUGGCUCAAGUGUCCUGGUGUCUUCCUCUGUUUGUAAGCGUUGUCCCUGGAACUGGCCAGUAAUGCACACGUAUUGAUUUCUUUGGCAUUGCUGUGUGUUGGGCCUGCUGGUAUGCAAACUUGGAUAACAUUUUAGCCCCAGCAGACAAGGACAAAAGGAACACAUGGACACCACAAUAGCUCAUUGUGGUGUGUAUGUCUCCCUUUUAUUCCGGCAUUAAAAUGGUAUCCAUGAUUUCCUUUCAUUGCAACACACUGAUUCAGUGCUUCAGACAGAAGCAUGGGUGAAUAUACAUGAACAAGUGCUUAUGUACAGAUUUUUGUGUCCAGUGACUGGUAAAAAGUUAAAGAAAAGACAAUGUCUUUAAGUGGGACCACAAAUACUGCAGUUGAGGUGUUGUGAAUAUUUGCUGACACUGAGAAAAUCCUGAAUGCACAUCAAGAAACAAGUGCGAAAAAGCGACUGUGUUUUCAUAUUUGUUUCAGCAUCUCAUCUUUCAGAAAUAAAGAAUGAUAUAGUAGUACCAUACCUAA